AGCAGACGUGCUGAAGAAAGGAUGCUCUAGGAUGCUGUCCAGGUGGACGGCCACGCUGCAAGAUGCGGCACUGCAGGUGGACUUCUCUUCCAGGAGUAACUAGCAUGGUCAGCUCAGGAGCCAUGAGUGCCUCUGGGAACCUAAUGGACUUCCUUGAUGAGCCUUUCCCUGAUGUGGGGACCUAUGAGGACUUUCACACCAUAGACUGGCUAAGGGAAAAGUCCCGGGACACUGACAGACACAGAAAGAUAACCAGCAAAAGUAAGGAGUCAAUCUGGGAGUUCAUCAAGAGCCUGUUGGAUGCGUGGUCAGGAUGGGUGGUGAUGCUACUCAUUGGGCUGCUGGCAGGUACCUUGGCUGGGGUCAUCGAUCUUGCUGUUGACUGGAUGACAGACCUGAAGGAGGGUGUCUGUCUAUCUGCUUUCUGGUACAGUCAUGAGCAGUGCUGCUGGACCUCUAAUGAGACCACUUUCGAGGACAGGGACAAGUGUCCCCUGUGGCAGAAGUGGUCAGAGCUUCUGUUGAGCCAGUCAGAGGGUGCCAGUGCUUACAUUCUGAAUUACUUAAUGUACAUUCUGUGGGCAUUGCUGUUUGCAUUUCUGGCCGUCUCCCUGGUACGUGUAUUUGCACCAUAUGCCUGUGGCUCUGGCAUACCUGAGAUAAAGACCAUUUUGAGUGGAUUUAUCAUCAGAGGCUACUUGGGGAAAUGGACACUGCUAAUCAAGACUGUUACCUUGGUGCUGGUUGUGUCCUCUGGCCUGAGCCUGGGGAAAGAGGGGCCACUGGUGCAUGUGGCUUGUUGCUGUGGCAACUUCUUCAGCAGCCUUUUCUCCAAAUAUAGCAAGAAUGAGGGCAAGAGGCGUGAGGUGCUUUCAGCUGCAGCUGCUGCUGGUGUCUCUGUGGCAUUUGGUGCUCCCAUAGGAGGUGUGCUCUUCAGUCUAGAGGAGGUCAGUUACUACUUCCCCUUGAAAACCUUGUGGAGGUCAUUUUUCGCAGCACUGGUAGCGGCUUUCACACUGCGCUCCAUCAACCCCUUUGGAAAUAGUCGCCUGGUUCUCUUUUAUGUGGAGUAUCAUACACCCUGGUAUAUGGCCGAACUCUUCCCUUUCAUCCUGCUUGGAGUCUUUGGGGGUUUGUGGGGAACCCUCUUCACACGCUGCAACAUUGCCUGGUGCAGGAGGCGUAAAACUACCAGACUGGGGAAGUACCCAGUGUUGGAGGUCAUUGUGGUGACAGCCAUCACUGCCAUCAUCGCCUAUCCCAAUCCAUACACUCGUCAGAGCACCAGUGAGCUCAUUUCUGAGCUGUUUAACGACUGUGGGGCUCUUGAAUCCUCCCAGCUCUGUGACUACAUCAAUGACCCUAACAUGACUCGGCCUGUAGAUGACAUUCCAGACCGGCCAGCUGGAGUUGGGGUGUACACAGCCAUGUGGCAGCUGGCCUUGGCACUGAUCUUCAAAAUAGUCAUUACUAUAUUUACAUUUGGCAUGAAGAUUCCUUCAGGCCUCUUCAUCCCCAGCAUGGCUGUAGGAGCCAUGGCAGGCCGGAUGGUGGGAAUCGGUGUAGAGCAGCUGGCUUACCAUCACCAUGACUGGAUCAUCUUCAGGAAUUGGUGCAGGCCUGGAGCAGACUGUGUCACACCAGGACUUUAUGCGAUGGUGGGAGCUGCAGCCUGUCUAGGUGGGGUGACUAGGAUGACGGUGUCACUGGUAGUCAUCAUGUUUGAACUGACUGGAGGCCUGGAGUAUAUUGUGCCCCUGAUGGCAGCUGUCACCAGCAAGUGGGUGGCUGAUGCCUUUGGGAAAGAAGGGAUUUAUGAAGCUCACAUCCAUCUGAAUGGGUACCCAUUUCUCGAUGUGAAGGAUGAGUUCACCCACCGUACCCUGGCCACAGAUGUGAUGCGGCCCCGGAGGGGAGAACCACCAUUGUCGGUACUCACCCAGGACAGCAUGACUGUGGAGGACGUGGAGACACUCAUCAAAGAGACAGACUACAACGGCUUUCCUGUGGUGGUCUCCAGAGACUCAGAGCGUCUCAUUGGCUUUGCCCAGAGGCGAGAGCUGAUCUUGGCUAUAAAGAAUGCCAGACAGAGGCAAGAGGGCAUCGUGAGCAAUUCCAUCAUGUACUUCACAGAGGAGCCCCCUGAGCUGCCUGCUAACAGCCCACAUCCCCUGAAAUUGAGGCGUAUCUUGAACUUGAGCCCUUUCACUGUCACAGACCACACACCCAUGGAGACUGUUGUGGACAUCUUCCGGAAACUGGGGCUCCGGCAAUGCCUGGUGACACGGAGUGGGAGACUUCUUGGAAUCAUCACAAAAAAAGAUGUUCUGAGACACAUAGCCCAGAUGGCAAACCAAGACCCCGAAUCCAUCAUGUUUAAUUAGCAAUAAGGCUGCAAAUGUUUUGAGAAGACCAAUAAGUGUAUAAUUUUUAAAGAAAUAAUCAAAUGAUGCAUUAUGAUCCCAGUGAAAGACCAUGUGCUGAGAGGGCAGCAGAAAUGAAAGCCUUGUUUGAAAGAAGGGGAGAAGGAUGAAACUUUUUUAAAAAGGCAAACCAUAAAUUAGUAGGCAUUUUAUAACGUUAACCACUUAUGUGAUCCAA